AAACGUCUUGUGGAUCUAAGCUGUUUCCAUAAUGACGGUGAUGCAUAUCAUCAGAUACGAGGAAACAAGGGCGGUGGCCCUAAGUCGUUUGACAUGGAAAAAUUUGAUACGAUGGGACAAGUAUUAGACCUUGCCAAACAGCUGUAUUUUCCAAAUGGACACAACGCAGUGAGAGGUAAAAUCACGGAAUAUGAGAUAAAAUUAACUGACACAUAUUUUCAAAACAUCGACUUACAGUCUACCGUGGAGUCCUGUUAUAAUCGUUUAAAGAUGAGACAAUUGAGGUUCAACUUCUGCACAGAAGGCACUACUAGUACAAUUGAGAGUGACGAGUUGCCACCUUUAUCAAUUCCAAAGAAUAGGAAUGCAACUGCUCAGAGUGGAGUUAUUGAAGUAAUGGAAAUUAUUGACUUGCCUCCAACCUGUUUAAGCAAACCUGAAAAAUCAAAUGACAUUUUUGUCACUAAUGAUUUUUAUAAUGCAGAACUUCCGGAUAUCCAAACAAACUUUGAUAUUGCUGAUUUUUCGUUCGACGGUGAUAUUGCAUUUGGUCCUAAUGUACGGGCAAGCAAUGUAAGCUUAGACUCGACAUUACCAUUAGAGAGUGGAAGUGGUGAUACUUUGGACAGACCAUUAGAAUUUGGAAAUGCUGGUACAGUGGAGAGAAAAAUUAUUCGUAUACAUAGGGCUUCAGCUUUAAUGGAUAUGAUAAUUCAUUUUAAAGAUCCAAACAUCAUGACUGUAGACAUUGAUGCCAUCAUGGUAUUAGACAAUGGUAAGGAAGAAGCCGGAGAAGGAGAUGGUGUUUUCAGAGAUUGUAUAACCCAGUUUUGGGAUGAAUUCUAUGAACAAUGCACAGAGGGUCGUAUUUUCAAGGUACCUGUACUUAGGCAUGAUUUCCAAAAGGAGGAAUGGAAAGCUGUUAGUAGAAUAAUAAGAAAGGGGUUUGAAGUCAGUGGUUACUGGCCCAUUUCAAUUAUGCCUGCUAUAUUCGAAGAGUGCAUUCAUGGAAGCAUUGAAUCAAGUCUGAUUGAAUUGUUUUCAGAUUACUUACCUGAAAUGGAAAGUCAGAUUGUUAAAAAAGCUAUUUCCAAUUUCAAUGAUGUGGAUCAAGAUGACUUCCUUAAAUUCCUUGAUAGUCAUUCUUGUAGAAAAUUGGUGAAUUCUGAAAAUGUCCUGCCAAUUAUUGGAGAGUUGGCACAUAAAGAGUUGAUUCAACAACCACGCUACGUGAUCGAAUGUUUCCGUUCAGAAUUACGACAGUUACAAGUCACUCCAGGCAAACUACAACAAAUUUAUCAAGAAAUGAAACCAACAUCGAAGGAAAUUUUGAAAUCCUUGAGUGUACCGGAAAACAUGAAAGAAGCGGAAAGGCUAUGUGCAGGCUUUUUAAAAAGAUAUAUCAAAGAUCUAGAUGGAGAAAAACAAAAGGCUUUCUUGAGGUUCUGCACAGGUUCAGAUGUCCUGCUGGGAAUGAAAAUAACGAUUGAGUUUUUUGAAUCUAAAGGGUUCACACGGUCACCAAUAGCUCAUACAUGUGGGCGAGUAUUACAAAUUCCAUCAACUUAUGACACAUAUCCUUCUUUUAGGUCUGAGUUCAAUUAUCUGUUGAACAGUAAGGUUUGGGUAAUGGACAUAGUUUAG